UCUAACGAUCAGCACGUCUUUUGUACUUGCGACUAAAAUAAUCGAUUUCUUCGCGGACCCCGCCGAGAAAACCGUGUUGUAAGUAUACUCUAUUGACUAUGCCAACUUCCAAGGACGUAGACGACUCGGAUCGCCGCGAAAAAAGGCCAAAAUCCUCUGACUCAGAGGUCGAUGCCAGGGACGAUGUGCUUGACAACAAGCAACCUUCAGAGGAAGAAACAGAAAAACUUCUCGAGUACGAACGUCCGAAGGAGGCGAAUUUACCUAAUUUGGCUGAGAUUUUGCAACAAGUGUCCUCGAAUAUGGCUCGUAUGGACAAAAGAAUGGACAACUUUGAAGCAGUUGUGAAAGGAAGGCGUUCUAGACGUAGGUCGUCAUCAAGUGACUCCAGCUCGUCGCGCUCUUCUUCCCCCUCAGGAAACGAACGGCGACACGCCAAGAAACGUAAACGCUCUAAGAGCGAAGACAGAGGCUCUCCUAGCCCUAGCGUAGACAAUGACGCUGAAAAACUUAUACAAUCGGCCUCGAAGGACCAGCCCGCCACGGGCGAUACAAAGUGCGACUCGCCAGAGGCUCAAGAUGACCUUUUGAACGAUAUUGCGAACGAGUUUAAUGCUGAUGAGACGUUAGGCUCACCUCUCCCGACUCAGCUGGCGGACAUUGUAAAUAAACGAUGGUCCGAGAAGAUGUCGGACACAAAACUGAAAGACAAACUUGACAAAUACGGUCGCCCGCCUAACUGUGAAAAAUUGGCUGUUCCUAAAGUUAACCCAGAAAUCUGGGGACAAAUAAGCCAUGCAAAAAAACAACAAGACUUGCGACUCGCAAAUGUACAACAUGCCAUCACUAAAGCUGGCACAGCUGUGACAAAGUGUAUUGAGAACUUGCUCGAGACACGCCAAAAAAGUACGCCUUUAUCGGUGGACGAGCUUAUUAAAACUGCCACAGAUGCCCUGGCACUUUUGGGGCACGCAAACGUCGAUUUGUCACUCCGCAGACGUGAAUACUUACGCCCUUGUUUAAAUCAAGAGUAUUCUACACUCUGCUCGACGCAACAUCCACCGACGAGCCUUUUGUUUGGCGACGACCUUCCGUCACGCCUAGCUAAUAUUAAAACAACUAAUCGAAUUGCUCAGUCAGUGGACGGCAGUCACUCGCGCCAUUACAAGGCGCAAUAUGACAAAAGAGGCGCUAGAUCUCAACAUUCGCAACCCGCAUACUCUACGGGCAAACAUUUUUUAUGGAAAGGCCGACGCCCAAAUUACAACAACAACAGGCAGCCACAGUACAGAAAGAAAGAGCGGGAAAAACGGCCACAAAAGUGAAUGACGUCAUCGCAAAGCUUCAAACUUAUAAACAACAGCAUAGUUCAACAAACCCUUUGCAAAAUCAGAGAGGACCAGGCAACAGGGCUUCUCAUAGUUCCAAAUUGGCCCACACAGACCUGGUACCCUCAGUUGUUGAGAAUGCUGAUACAACAUCCGGUUUUACUACCAAAGGACCCAUUAACCUUAACAUUACCAAGCCAGCCAGAGACAGUACAUCCUCUUCACCAAACUCUGACACUAAUGAUAUGCCACUUGUCAGGGCGGUCAUCACUAACCAAGGCAUUUCACAAGAAACUUGUGAGCUUAUCAUGUCGUCAUGGAAGGUUGGGACCCGAAGACAGUAUGGCUCUUACCUCAGGAAAUGGAGCAAAUUUUGUCAUCAACGAGGGAUUGAUCCAAUUUCACCACCUUUAGCAGAGGGUCUAGAGUUUCUACGACAACUAUUUGAUGGUGGCUUGGGUUAUAGUGCAAUAAACACUGCUCGCUCCGCCUUAGCUUCGGUUAUUACGUUACCUGGUGGAACAUCAUUUGGAUCUCAUCUCCUGGUUUGCCGUUUGGUUAAAGGUGUAUAUACUAAACGACCAUCCCUUCCCAAGUACAAUGGGAUAUGGGAUGUCAACCUUGUGUUAUCAUAUCUAUCUACCAUUCCACUGCCAGACAUCAGCCUUAAAAACUGUUCUUACAAGCUGAUAAUGUUACUGGCCCUACUAUCCGGCCAGAGGUGCCAGACAUUACACGCCCUAACGCUAGCCGAUGGAAUGGUCCUCAGUUCAACAAAAUGCGUUUUCACAGUUAAGUCUCUCCUCAAAACUUCCAAACCCACGAGUCACCUAGUGACCUACUUUAGUAUUUUAUUCUGUCUAAUGUCAGAUGAUUUUAAGCCAUUUCAAGCUAGAAGAUUAAAUUUUAGCAGAUCAAAGAUAUUUGGAGUUGUUAAGAUCGUUGUUAUAUUCCUAGUCUUUGCAGGUACUGGAAUACAUAUUGUGAUAUAUAUCUUUGUUCAUAGAAUUCUCAAGUAUCACUUUGUUAUUCUUCAUCGUAUUUUUCUGGAUUUAUUUUUCUAGAUAAUGCGGUUCAAUGUUUCAAACUUGAUCAGCUUUGCAGCUCAAAUGGUAGAAAUUCAAUCCGUGAAUGUGACAGUCAGGGUUGUGGUGAUUUCGGAACACCAAGAGUUCUCGUACACACAAUGAUGUCGACAUAAUUUGCACACCAGAGAGUUCUGUCAUCACACCAUUUGCUGCGAAGAUUUGACGAAAAUCACGUUCUUAUUCAAACAACAACAAACCAUAUAACAAUGGAUUGUAUAUUCAAGGAAGCGGAGAAGCCGAAGAUAUAAAAUGGAUAUUUCAGGUGGUCUUGGAAGAUCUGCUGGAAAGAUAUGGCGUGUUGGUCUGAUGGGGUUGAACAGUACAAAAGAUAAUGUAAAUCUUGUACUAAAAGCCUUCAAGGA